AUGUCCUCACAAUACGCCAGUGAGCCGAAUCCCACUGCGUCGGCCACACUCAACACAACGGUUGGCCCUAUCCACAUCGCGCUCUUCGCAAAUCAAACUCCUCUCACCUGCAAGAACUUCCUUCAGCAUUGCAAAGACAACUACUAUGCCGGAACAAUCUUUCAUCGUGUCGCCCCUGAUUUUGUGAUCCAGGGCGGUGAUCCCACAGGCACUGGCUCUGGUGGGACGUCUAUCUAUGAAUACCCGGAAUUCGAAUACGAUCCUGAAGCUCGGGACCCAAAUGAGCGAGUGGUUUUACGUGAUGAGCUACACAGUCGAUUGCGGUUCAACCGCCGUGGCUUAGUCGGAAUGGCCAAGAGCGAGGAUGGCACCUACGGCAGUCAAUUUUUCAUUACGUUGGCGAAUACGGAGCGCGAGAUGAACGGACAAUGCACAAUCUUUGGAAGGCUGGAAGGGGAUAGCAUCUAUAACGUCUUGAAGAUUGCGGAUGCGGAGCGCAUUGCGGGCACCGAGCGACCUGUCUAUCCGAUCAAGGUGACAUCCUGUGAGGUAGGAGAGCUCGGCCCCUUGGAAGGUAAGCUGAAAGACAGGAAGACUGUCUCAACAGCUGAGAAGGACGGAAAGGCCGCACCGAAGAAGAAGAAGAAGGCGUCCAAGGGCGCAAAGACCCUGCUGAGCUUUGGGGACGAGGAAGGAGAUGAAGGAAUGCCCAUGCGCCCAGCGAAACCAAAAUUCAACACCAACCUGGUGGUCGAUAUGCCAGGUGAGAAACCCGAGACCUCAAAACCCAAGCCCCAGACAGGGGGGCCAUCACAGCCGCGCAAGCGGCUACGGUCACCGUCCCCGGCACGAUCCCCGUCUACAGAGCGUAAGAAGCGCCCCAGGACACCAGAGCCAGAGACACAGCUCCCGGUGCCUGACCCUGAGUCACCUCGAUCCCCAACUCCGGACACUGAACCCACGAGGGAGUCGAAACUGUCGCGGACAAAUGCGCAGAUUGCCGCCUUGAAGGCAUCGAUGCGCCGCGACGUCGACGUCGGUCCCAAAGACACGGAGCGAAAGAAAUCCGCCCUCGAAGCCAUGAUCCCCGAGACCUCUAUUCGCGGGCGAAAACGACCACCUCCCGGAUCUGCAAAUGGCUCCAGCCGUAACGGCACAGGACCCAGCAGCGCAGCCGAGCGGGAAGCAUUGCAGCUCUUCAACGCUUUCAAAGCCAAGCUUGAGGGCGCAAAACCCGAACCCACUCCCGCAACAUCACAACCCAAACCUCACGACGACAAAGAUAACCAAAAUCAAGCCGAAGACGCAGAAGACGAAGAAGCCCAACUCUGUGACCUACACUUCAUUGCAAACUGCCAAUCUUGCCGGGCAUGGGACGACCCAGCCGCAGAAGCUGACGAUUCCGCCCAACAAGACGCAGACUGGCUCUCGCACGAACUGCGCUUUGGAAAGGAUACACUCGGCAAAGACCUAAACUGGAAGCGCGAGCACGGAGCCGAUGCAGACUCGCUCAUGGUGAUUGAUCCACGUGAGCGAGAGAAGGAGGUAGUUGGACGGAAACGGGGGUUCGCGCGCGAUAGAGAGCGCGAGCGUAAACGGGAGCGAGUGGGUGAUCUGGAGUGGGACAAGGGGCGCUGA